CUUUUGUACGGUACGGUCAUGUUCCAUCGAGUCGCGUGUGCAUAAUUUUGUUUUAUUUUUUUUCUCCCUACUGUUUGUGUGUGAAUGAAGAAAAUUUCCAAUUUGGAUAAAUUAAAGUGAAGAUGAUAUGAUAAUAAUACUAUAUAAAUUAAUAGAAAUAACAAUAAGAAAAGUUUAAUUGAAUAAAGAAGACGUGUAUCUUCUAACUGUCUAGUAAUCUGUACUCCAUUUAUAUAACUGCAAAUUUGCUGAAAUUGAAAAAAAAUCUACAAAAAUUGAGAAAAAAGUAAAUUUUUUUUCUUUACAUUCGUUCGUAACAAGCUAAAAAACUUGCACCCUUUUUUGUUGUUGGUUUUUUUCCUGUGUUACACACACGGAGAUUAUAGUGGUGUUUCAAUGUGUGUGGCUGUAUAAGUUUUGUUUAGUUCUAUAUUUUUAUUUUUUUUUAACUUUUUCAUUUUUCUAAUUUUUUGUGGUUGUUGUAAACGUUCUAAAUACAAAAUUCGUUAAAUUCUCAUUGUGACGUAGUAAAGGAAGUAUUUAACAAAUAAAUACCACAAAAAAACAACAACAACAUUAAAAAAAGAACAACAUAAUAUCCAUCUCUAUCCAUUGAAGAAAAAAAUAAGAAAAUUGUAAAAAAAAACGAAAACACUGUGCAAAUUUAAUAAACAAUAUUUAUUUAUUUAUCUGUAAACUCUUUAUUUCUUUUCAUUCUUUGUUAGUUGUUUAACUAAUUAAAUUAGUGUCGUAUUCUUUUAUUUGUAUCUAUCUCAGUGUGUGUUGUGUUUAACAAAUAAAUACAAAAAAAGUAAGAAAAAGCCAAAGAGAAAAUUAAUUUCUAAGAACGUUUUCACAGUCUAUGUUUUAAUAUUAAACGAAAGCAUUACAAAAAAUACUUCAUCAUAUAACACAAACCAAAAUUCCUAUAAAUUAUACCCUACAUACUGCCUACAUAACUACCAUACAAUUCAAAACAAAAUUACAUAGUUGAAACUAAAAAAAAGUAUAUUUGCAAGAAAUUUUAAGUUUUGAGAAUCUCAAUUAAAUCGAAAAGUUUGAAAACAAAAAGAAACCAACUUCAAAAACAAAUUUCUCAAAAUUCAAAUCAUGUUAAACAACGCUACAAAUUUUUCGCCGCAUAACGUUUUAACUCCAUCGGUCGAUAUGAAUGGCUAUAGUCGUAAAUCUCCCUCAAAGCGUCGCUAUGAAGGUUCCAAGUAUUCGGUUAGAAAUUCAUCUGAAUCUGAGGAGAAAAGUCCUCAAAAUAUGAAAAUAUCUUCAUCAGGCGAUAUGAAUGGUUACAGUCGUAAAUCACCCUCAAAGCGUCGUUAUGAGGGUUCAAAGUAUUCAGGCACCCCCAAAAAGAAAACUAGAACCAGUAAGGAACGUGUACCACAACCAAAAAAUACAGUUGCCAUGUUAAAUGAACUGCGACAUGGUCUCGUUUAUAAAUUGGAAUCACAGAGUGGCCCAGUGCAUGCACCAUUAUUUACAAUUUCUGUUGAGGUUGAUGGUCAAAAAUACUUGGGACAAGGACGUAGUAAAAAAAUUGCCCGCAUAGAGGCUGCUGCUACAGCUCUACGCAGUUUUAUACAAUUCAAAGAUGGUGCUGUUUUGACGCCGCUAAAACCGGCCUGUAAUCUGGACUUUACCAGUGAUGAACAUUUGGAUAAUGAUUCCAAUAAAAGUUCAUUAAGUGUUGAUGGUCAAAAGAAAGUACCGGACAAGGGACCUGUGAUGUUAUUGUAUGAACUAUUCACUGAUGUACAUUUCGAAUGCUCAACCAUAGAUGGAGCUCAGAAUAAUUGUCGUUUUAAGAUGACAGUAACGGUCAAUAAUAGUAAAUUUGAUGGAACUGGUCCCUCAAAAAAAUUAGCCAAAAAUGCUGCUGCUAAAGCAGCUCUUGCUUCGCUAUGCAAUAUCUCCUACAGUCCCAUGAUGCAUCCACAGAAAAGUUUACCCUUGCCCAUGGAUGAUAAGUCAGCUUCGAUGGAAUUACCACAAAUACAUGCCGAUACCAUUGGACGUUUGGUAUUGGAGAAAUUUAUGGAAGUUAUUAAGGGUCAGGAAUCGUAUUCGCGUCGUAAAGUUUUGGCGGGCAUUGUAAUGACGGAAAAUAUGAAUUUCAAUGAGGCUCAAGUCAUUUCCGUAUCUACUGGUACUAAGUGUGUCAGUGGUGAGCACAUGAGCAUUAAUGGCACUGUCCUUAAUGAUUCACAUGCCGAAAUUGUAUCACGUCGUUGUUUUAUGAAAUAUUUGUAUGCACAAUUGGAACUACAUUUUAAUCAGGCAACAGCAAAUCAGUCAAUUUUCGUGAGGAACCAAGAAAAUGCGCAAUACCCGUACAAAUUGAAAACCGGUGUACAUUUUCAUCUGUACAUUAACACAGCGCCUUGUGGGGAUGCUCGCAUUUUUAGUCCCCACGAAAAUGACUCGAGUGUUGAUAAACACCCAAAUAGAAAAGCCCGUGGUCAAUUGCGUACAAAGAUUGAGUCUGGUGAGGGCACUAUACCCGUUAAGAGUAGUGAUGGUAUACAAACCUGGGAUGGUGUUUUGGAGGGUCAUCGUCUACUCACCAUGUCUUGUUCGGAUAAAAUAGCACGCUGGAAUAUAGUCGGCAUCCAAGGAUCUCUACUGUCCUCUAUUAUAGAACCAAUCUAUUUGCAUUCCAUAGUAUUGGGCAGUCUUUUACAUCCCGAGCAUAUGUAUCGUGCUGUUUGCGGACGCAUCGAAAAAUCCAUACAAGGUCUUCCACCACCCUAUCAUCUGAAUAAGCCACGCUUGGCUCAGCUCACCUCGUCGGAGCCGCGUAAUCAGGCUAAGGCACCGAAUUUCGGUAUUAAUUGGACAACCGGUGAUACUGAGGUGGAAGUGGUGAAUUCGUUGACUGGCAAAACGGUCAACAAUCAAAUAUCGCGCAUAACGAAACAGAUGUUUUUCCGUAAAUAUGGAAGUCUAGUGAAGAAUUUACCCGGGUUGCCGGAAAAGAAGAUACAAACCGAUUAUGGGCAGACAAAGGCUAAAGUUAAAGAUUAUCAGAUUGCCAAACGUGAACUAUUUGCCGCUUUUAGACGUGAAGAUUUGGGCAAUUGGUUAAAGAAACCUCAAGAACAAGAUGAAUUUGCGCUUCCGGAAUGACUGCUUAAAUUUGAAGAUUUAAACAAACAACAAGCAGCAUUAAAAUUAAAUUUUGUUUUCCAAUAUCCAAUACAAUUGAAACUGAAAUAUAAACAAGAGCAACAACAAGAGAUACUAAAGCAUA